GAUAGCGAAGAGAAACAUCGACAGGCACUUUAGCAUCGUGGCCAUAACAAACUGCGACACCAUCAAGAUAUAAUAAUUGUUACCAUUUGCGAGGUCUAACGUUUGAUGACAAUCGGGACAUUGACACGACGAGACACACUGUCUGAUCUGCGAUUCUUAUAAUUCAACAAAUAACGGCGCAAUGCCGGCCACCACUUCUGGCGCUGAUACAAAGGCCAACGGAACCGCAAAAUCGCGAGAACACAACCAAGGGAAUCAAGACCGCAAAUAUACAAUCGAGCAAAAGGCUGCUGUCAUAAGGGUUAGAAGAUGUGCGCCUACAGCAUUUUACGAUAUUCUGGGGCUAGAAGAAGUUAAAACUACAGUGACGGAGUCGGAGAUUAAAAAGGCCUACAGGAAACUGAGUUUGUUGACCCAUCCGGAUAAGAAUGGGCACGAACAUGCAGAUGAAGCUUUCAAGAUGGUCAGUAGGGCAUUUGGGGUUUUGAGCGAUAAGGACAAGAAAACACAAUACGACCGAUAUGGCGGGGAUCCAGAUAGUCGAUUCGGUGCAGGAGCACCACAGUCAAAUCCCUUCUCGGGAUUUUCACAGAGAAGUGCUGGAGGGGCUGCUGCGAGACCCGGCGGAAGAUCUAUGUGGGAAGAGGAGAUCAGUCCGGAAGAGAUGUUCACGAGAUUUUUUGGAGGAGGAGGUUUUGGUGGUGGUGGAAUGUUCAAUGAUCAGCCAGGAUUCGUUUUCAACCUGGGUGGUGGACCUGGUAUUAGAGUACAUCAAUUCGGGGGUGCAAGACCAAGGAGGAGGCCGAGAGACCCAAAUGCACCGCCAGAAGCACCAGCUUCAUUGACUCAGACCCUUAUGAACUUAUUGCCACUCAUACUCCUCUUCGGUCUACCUUUAUUAGGGUCACUGUUUUCUGGGGGUGGUUCUAGUGGUCCUUCUAUGCGAUUCGACAAUCCUAUACCGCCGCAUACUCACCACCGAGUCAGCUCGAGAAUGAACGUUGACUACUAUGUAAACCCUGCCGAGAUCAAGGGUUUUAGUGCACAUCAAUUCGCACAAAUCGACCGAGAAGCGGAGGUUCAAUAUGUCUCACGAUUAAAGGUUGGGUGCGAACAAGAGGUACAGCAACGAAGCCAGUUACUCCAGGAAGCCCAAGGCUGGUUUAGUAGCGAUGUGGAUAAGAUUCAGCGGGCUAGAGACAUGCCAAUGUCGAGCUGCAAGAAGUUGGAAAGUAUGGGCAUCAGGAAUUAAUACUGAUUUUGACGUGUAUACGUUUAUGUAGCGUAUUUGCUUUGUAGCAAGGCGUUUGGGCUGGGUGCAUUAUGCAAAAGACUGGAUGAAUGACUUUAUGUGAGGGUCUUUCGUUACAGAUAUAAUAGAGGACGAUUUUCAAUAUAAUACAGUGGCCGCAGUCAUCUUGGUCAAUCUAUGAUCAUUCUUUCGAGAUAUGGAUAUAUACUUCCUGCAUUUGAAUCUUCUUCCACCUUGUACUGAAUUUCAUGUUGUUUCUUGGCUCCACUAGUGUCCUAUGGAAGAACACUUUGGAAAUAUCAGACCGAUGUUCUGAUCCGUAUUGAAUCUAUCAUUUCGGUCUGUGUAGUAAUGUAUGUACCAAAAACCGACUGUUCGGACGAAUGUCACUUGUGAUUCAUGAACAAUCUGAAAAAGAUUCUA